UCCUGACGUCACGACGCUCUCGAUGUUUGGUUUGAGCGCGGUGCCAUGUCAUGUCAUGCCAUGUUAGCGGAAAGCGGCGACGGAAAGCCGGAGGACGUGCCGGAGGACGGGCGGACGCACGCGGACAGGUCUGUGUCCAGCCCCAGCAGCCGGGACGACGCCCUGGACGCCCUUCUGAGCCACGUCCCCCGCUGCCCUCUGACGCCUUCGCUGUCUCCUCGAAAGCGAACCACGAGCCAGUCCAAGACGGAGCCCCCCCUGCUGAGGACCAACAAGAGGACCAUCUACACGGCGGGCCGGCCCCCCUGGUACAACGUCACUGGGACCACCUUCAAAGAGGCCUUUGUGAUCGGUUUGUGUGGCGGAAGCGCGUCUGGGAAAACCACCGUGGCCAAUAAGAUCAUCGAGGCUUUGGACGUUCCCUGGGUGGUUCUGCUGUCCAUGGACUCCUUCUACAGGGUGCUGAACAAGGAGGAGCAGGAGCUGGCUGCCAAGAACGAGUACAACUUCGAUCAUCCCGACGCCUUCGACUUCGAGCUUCUCAUCUCCGUUCUGCGGAAGCUGAAGAAAGGGAAGAGCGUCAAAGUGCCGGUGUACGACUUCACUUCCCACUGCAGACGCAAAGAAUGGAAAACCGUCUACGGCGCCAACGUGGUCAUCUUUGAGGGCAUCCUGGCCUUUGCCAACAAGGAGCUGUUGAAGCUUCUGGACAUGAAGGUGUUUGUGGACACGGACUCGGACAUCCGCCUCAUACGGAGGCUGAAGAGGGACAUUUCCCAGCGUGGACGGGACGUCAGCGGCAUCAUCAAACAGUACAAUAAAUUCGUAAAGCCGGCGUUUGAGCAGUACAUCGAGCCCACGGUGCAGGUGGCGGACAUCGUGGUUCCCAGAGGUGGAGAGAACUUUGUGGCUCUGGACCUGAUCGUCCAGCACGUCCACAGCCAGCUGGAGAAGAGGAAGCUGCGCUGGGACAUAUCAGCUCUGGCUUCAGCUCACCAGGGCCAGCCGUUACCCAGAACCCUCAGCGUGUUGGAGGCCAGCCCCCAGGUCCGCGGCAUGCACACCAUCAUCAGGAACAAAGAGACCAACCGGGACGAGUUCAUCUUCUACUCCAAGAGGUUAAUGCGGCUCCUGAUCGAACACGCACUCUCCUUCCUGCCUCUGGAGCCCGUAUCCGUGGAGACGCCUCAGGGCGGAGUCUAUGAGGGGAAGAGGCUGAGCGGGAAGAGGAUAACGGGCGUUUCCAUCCUGAGGGCAGGGGAGACCAUGGAGCAGGCCCUCAUGGCCGUCUGCAAGGACAUCCGCCUGGGGAAGAUCCUCAUCCAGACCAACCACGACACGGGAGAGCCGGAGCUGCACUACCUGCGUCUGCCCAAAGACAUCAGCGAGGACUACGUCAUCCUUGUGGACAGCACCGUCUCCACCGGAGCGGCCGCUCUCAUGGCCGUGAGAGUCCUGCUGGACCACGACGUGCCGGAGGACAAAAUCUUCCUGCUGUCGCUGCUGAUGGCGGAGAUGGGCGUUCACUCGGUGGCCUACGCCUUCCCGAAGGUCCGCAUCAUCACCACCGCCGUGGACAAGGAGGUCAACGACCAGUUUCACAUCAUCCCCGGCAUCGGGAAUUUUGGGGAUCGUUUCUUCGGCACCGAUGCGCCGUCAGACUGGUGUGAAAGCGAUGACGGCUUGAGCUUCUGAGGAGGAGGAGGAGGAGGAGGAGGAGGAGGAGGAGGU